GGAAGAAUAACUGGGCUCCAAUUAUUAACCAUGAAUGAUGGUUUCAAGCUUCUUUUGCUGAGCUCUUUUUUGGGCUUUUAAAAGAUUGAGAUAGCGAUGGGCCGCUCCGUUUCUGACGAAGUCGAGAACAAGGAAACGGGCGCCGCCAACGUUUCUAACGCUUACCGCGAAAUUGAUUGCAACCAAUCUGUCUACAAAGUUGGAUUCCCUCCGAAGAAGAACUUCGUCACGGAGUUCGCUGAUACAUUCAAGGAAACAUUCUUCGCUGAUGAUCCCUUACGCCCGUACAAGGACCAACCGAAAUCAAAGAAACUUUUACUAGGCCUCCAGUUCAUCUUUCCGAUCCUCGAGUGGGGAAGGCACUAUAAUUUGAGCAAGUUUAAGGGUGAUCUGAUCGCCGGAUUAACCAUCGCAAGCUUGUGUAUUCCUCAGGAUAUCGGAUACGCGAAAUUGGCCAAUUUGGAUCCGAAUUAUGGGCUCUACUCGAGUUUCGUUCCACCGCUGAUUUAUGCCAUAAUGGGUAGCUCAAGAGAUAUCGCAAUUGGACCUGUCGCAGUUGUGUCUCUCUUGCUUGGGACGCUUCUUCAGAACGAGGUCGAUCCGGUGAAGAACAAGGACGAGUACGUUCGUCUUGCAUUUACAGCGACUUUUUUCGCUGGUAUAACUCAAGCAGCACUUGGGUUUUUGAGGUUGGGUUUUCUAAUAGAAUUCCUAUCUCAUGCCGCCAUUGUCGGAUUCAUGGGUGGAGCAGCAAUUACAAUUGCGCUUCAGCAGCUAAAAGGAUUUCUCGGUAUACAAAAUUUCACCAAGAAAACUGAUAUUGUUUCUGUAAUGAGAUCUGUGUUCAGCUCAGCUCACCACGGCUGGAAUUGGGAAACUAUACUGAUAGGAGCAUCCUUUUUGGCGUUCCUUCUUUUCGCAAAGUACAUUGGCAAAAAGAGGAAGAAACUUUUCUGGAUACCAGCGAUCGCGCCAAUUAUCUCGGUUAUCAUAUCAACCUUCUUUGUUUACAUUACUCGUGCUGAUAAGCACGGCGUUCAGAUUGUAAAGCACAUAAAGAAAGGUAUCAACCCCUCAUCAGUUAAUCAAAUUUACUUUACGGGUUCAUACACUGCGAAAGGAUUCAGAAUUGGGGUAUUAGCUGGAAUGAUCGGCUUGACGGAAGCUGUGGCAAUCGGAAGAACAUUUGCUGCGAUGAAGGACUAUCAAUUAGAUGGAAAUAAGGAAAUGCUCGCGCUAGGAACCAUGAAUGUAAUCGGCUCGAUGACUUCUUGCUACGUAGCGACGGGUUCUUUCUCGCGCUCGGCAGUUAAUUACAUGGCAGGGUGCGCAACAGCAGUUUCCAAUGUGGUUAUGUCACUAGUAGUAUUACUCACAUUGUUAUUGAUCACCCCUCUAUUCAAAUAUACUCCAAAUGCAAUUCUUUCCUCUAUUAUCAUUUCGGCGGUCGUCAGCUUAGUCGACUAUGAAGCAGCAUUUCUUAUCUGGAAAGUCGAUAAAUUGGACUUCAUCGCCUGCAUGGGAGCUUUCUUUGGCGUCGUCUUUGUAUCUGUCGAGAUCGGACUACUAAUUGCGGUGGCAAUAUCACUAGCUAAGAUACUUCUUCAAGUAACAAGGCCAAGAACUGCUUUACUUGGGAAUCUUCCAAGAACUAACAUAUAUAGAAAUAUUGAACAGUAUCCGGAAGCGACGAAAGUUCCGGGAGUUUUAAUUGUGAGAAUUGAUUCAGCUAUCUACUUCACCAAUUCCAAUUAUGUUAAGGAGAGAAUCCUAAGAUGGUUGAGAGACGAGGAAGACCAAUUGCAGACGAAAAGCCUACCCAGAAUCAAUUUCUUGAUCGUCGAGAUGUCGCCCGUGACUGACAUCGACACGAGCGGCAUCCACAACUUCGAGGAGUUGUUCAAGACCCUCAAAAAGCGCGGUGUUCAGCUUGUUCUCGCAAAUCCGGGGCCUGUGGUGAUCGAGAAGCUGCGGUUGUCCAACUUCACGGAGCUCAUAGGCCAAGAUAACAUAUUUCUCACUGUCGGCGAUGCGGUGAGAACCUGUGCUCGAAAAUCUAUAGAAGAAGACACAUGAAGAGCUGCUACAAGAGGAACUAAGAUAAAAGUGCAGGGCUUAGAUACUCAAGAUGAAUAAGAGGCCUUUGUACUUCUAGGAGUUAGAAGAACAAAACAAAAGCAGAAGCAGCAGCUACAUAUAAGGGAAAUUGUUGUAUGAUGGAUUUUGGUUGCAGGGUGGGGGGGUUAAUUUGUUUGGAUAGUUUGUGGCUGUGUUGAAUUAUUGAGUGGGGUAGCAAACAUGAGUGCCACUUGCGCACUUACUAACUAAAGGUGAUGGCUAAUCUUAAAGUUGUUGGCCUCUUGCAGAUUAUGCAUCAACUUUGAGAUUUCUUUUUUCGGUU